AUGAAAUUACAGAAUUUGAUGAUUAAAUGUGAUCAACAUCUUGCAUUCCACAGUGGAACAAGUUCAGCGAUUAGUUCAUUAGUAUUCGCUGAUGAUGAUGGUAUUUCUAAAGUGUCAGAACAUUCAAUAAAUAAUCGAAAAUCGGAUCAACAUAGUUCAUUACACUGGAUCACAUCGCAAACUGUAUUAUCAAAUGAAACUAAUCCAAUGAAUAAUAAUAAUAAUUCUAUAAUAGAUGUUACGACGGUUAUUACCAAUAUUUGCACUAAUACUACUACUACUAAUAAUAAUAGUAAGAGAAAUUUUGGUUCAAUCGAUUCAUUAUGUGAAACAGUGGAUUUGCCUAGAACUAAUUUACCGACCCCAAUGUUAACAACGACAACAAUGAUUUCUAAGGAUUUGAGAGUAAAUAAACUGAGAUGGGAGUGGAUCGGCUCAAUUAAUUGUGAAUAUUGUAAAAGUUGUUUUUUAUAUUUUGAUUUACACUGACCUACAUGAACAUUCAUCUGUAAGCGUUAUAUUACUUUCCAUUUGUACCCAAUUGUCACUAUGCCAACACAGAAAUUUGCUGUAAACUAUCACACUAAAUUACUUACUCAUGUUAUGCGUUGCGGAGGAGCAACGGCGGCUCACUGGCACUCUCUAUCCAACCCUGUCCUCAGCAGUCGUUUCCAGUUGUUUACAGUUGCUAUUUAUCCUUUUCACCUUCACCAUGAGGCGUCAAUAUCCUUGCGAAAGAACAUCCUUCAAUCCUCAUUCAGAGUUUAAAUGGUUUUAUUUGUUUAAUCUAGUUGACAUUGUUCAGCGAGGUUUGUUCCACGAGAUUUGGUUGCUGAUACCUGUUAUGUGGUCAUAUUCUACUUUGUGUGCUGUCAGUUAGCACAUCAGACAAGUUGGGUCAUGAAAGUUCAUCCAUAAUGAACAAUACUUUAUUCAAAGAAUAUUGAAGCCAAUCUGAACAUUGGAUUAUGGAAUGAUUCGAAUAAUAGACAACUGAGAGUGUCUGGAAUGAAAUAAGAGUAGCUGUGUCUUUAAUUCGAUAACCGUCAUAAAUUUGCUGUAAACUAUCAUACUAUCAUACUAAACUGACCAAAUUGUCAUCGGAGUGUUGAGGAAGAUUGUCCGAAGUAAAAUCAUAAUGGUUUUCGUAAUCUCACCAUUCAAACGUUGAUGUUUAUGCAAAAAUCAAACCAGCUUGGUUUAUAAAGGGUCAAAUAAAAGCGAUUCGCAGUUCUAUAUUGGCACAUCUUAUUGAUAGCGAUCAUGCCGUAGAUAAAUCGAAAUCAUUUCGAGUUAUCUAUCACACACAUCUUAUUACGUAAUGAUGUUAAUGUUUUGGUGUUGACUAUUCCUAUUCUAUUUACCCACGUUUGUUUGACUUUCUAUUUUCAACGUUUAACUACUGAUAAAACUUUUGUUAUUGUAUUUUAUUAUUCUUACUACUAUCAGUUCACUUGUCUUCCUACUAUCAACUUGUAAUUUUACUUAUUAUGUGUAGUGAUUUAUUCUAUUUCAUUGUGUUUAUUGACUCAUAUUGUCUUGAAUGGUUUAACAUUUAUGUAUAAUAAAGUAAAGCCUGAUGACGAUCUAA